CCUCAAGCUAUGUGCUGAGCACAGUAGUAGGAACAUGUCACCUGAUUCUCAGGUUGGAAAUAGUUUCUUAUCCUAAUCUUUCUUUCUUCUCUCUAGAGAGAAGGACCAUGUAGAGCAAUGCCACCUCUCUUUUAAUCCCUGGGCUUCAAAAGAAGCAGAAUUAAGGACUAAAUGAUGGAUAACCACUCCAGUGCCACUGAAUUCCACCUUCUAGGCUUCUCUGGGUCCCAAGAAUUACACCAGAUUCUUUUUGCUAUAUUCUUUUUCUUCUACUUGGUGACAUUAAUGGGAAACACAGUCAUCAUCGUGAUUGUCUGUGUGGAUAAACGUCUGCAGUCUCCCAUGUAUUUCUUCCUUGGCCACCUCUCUGCCCUAGAGAUCCUGAUCACAACCAUAAUUGUCCCCAUGAUGCUUUGGGGAUUGCUGCUUCCUGGGAUGCAGACAGUGUCUUUGUCUGCGUGUAUUGCUCAACUUUUCCUGUACCUCGCUGUGGGGACCACGGAGUUUGCAUUACUUGGAGUGAUGGCCGUGGACCGUUAUGUGGCUGUGUGUAACCCUUUGAGGUACAACAUCAUUAUGAACAGCAGUACCUGUAUUUGGGUGGUAAUUGUGUCAUGGGUGUUUGGAUUUCUUUCUGAAAUCUGGCCGGUCUAUGCCACAUUUCAGUUUACCUUCUGCAAAUCGAAUUCCUUAGACCAUUUUUACUGUGACCGAGGGCAAUUGCUCAAGCUGUCCUGUGACAACACUCUUUUCACAGAGUUUAUCCUCUUCUUAAUGGCUGUUGUUAUUCUCAUUGGUUCUUUGAUCCCCACAAUUGUCUCCUACACCUACAUCAUCUCCACCAUCCUCAAGAUCCCGUCAGCCUCUGGCCGGAGGAAAGCCUUCUCCACCUGUGUCUCCCACUUCACCUGUGUUGUGAUUGGCUAUGGCAGCUGCUUGUUUCUCUACGUGAAACCCAAGCAAAUGCAGGGAGCCGAGUACAAUAAGAUAGUUUCCCUGUUGGUUUCUGUGUUAACCCCCUUCCUAAACCCUUUCAUCUUUACUCUCCGGAAUGACAAAGUCAAAGAGGUCCUCCAAGAUGGAGCAAAACGCUGCUGUCAACUCCUCAAAGAUUAGCUGUUCUCGAAGUCAGUGUUAGGUGGUACAAGCCUCACUGUCAAUUAUUAAGUCACCUAGAGAACUCUAACUCCUCUCUUCUCUUAUCAUCAUUACAAAAGUCAAAGAGUGUGUACACACUAUGGAAGUAGAUUAGGCUGGUAAAAAUUAAAUCCAUUCUCUGCCCGGGAGAAUCUCAUAGCCUUAGUUCCUGCCUGUUUCCACUGUUGAACAUAUUCUUGUGAUUUGGGAGAGACUAGUGAAAGGAAAUGCAUAUAUAUUUUUAAGAGUUCUAUUAGUCCAAUAAAUUUUCUUAUAGUCUACCUCUGAAAAUGUAUUUUCUGGGGAAGGGAGGAAUUGAGGAGGGAGGUGGACUGAGAGAGGUAUCCUAAUCAGAGUACAAAGGUAGAGAUGCUCACUUUGGUCCUUCAUCAACUGUUGCUAAGUCCUUUCCUCUAUUUUUGUGCAACUUUUUGACAAGAUGACCAUAUAUAUUUUAGAUAUCCUAAGGCUCUUUUUCUCUGCCCCACUGACACUGCAAAGUAAGUGUAACAUGUUUAUGUUUUGUCACAGAAUUAGUCUAGAAUGAUAACAUGAGGAUGGGAAUGCUUCUCAUUCAGCAAAUCUUUGUGGUGUAAAAAGAUAAAAAUAUUUGAGGAUAAAAAUGGGGGAAAAGUUAUUUUUGUUAAGCUUCAGCAGAUUUCUUUCACUGCCCAUCUUUGUGAUGGGCAUAGGGACAGGGGCAAAUAAGAACUAAAUGACUAAUUCUAGAGAGCAUCCUGUAUUUUAUAGCUGUUUAAAACAACUAUGUCUGUUCAGGCUGUAUCCAGAUAUAGACUUCAAACUUUAUAAUUUCUUUUGAUUCUUCGUCUCUCAAAUCCAACAGUCUCAAUACCAUCAUGUGUAUUUUCUCUGUGGGCAGAAUUAAAAAAAAAAUAAGAGGCUAUCUUUUUGACUCCCAGAUUUCUAGCAAUUCCAAGGAUUGGCUGUUUGGUAAUCUAACUGUUAGAAUUUCACAUAAUAUUGGAAGAAGGGCUUAUAAGGAAGAAAUUUACCUAAACAACAACAAUCGGCAGAUCCUGCCAGCCCUAAAGUAAGUGAGAACAUUGAGCUGUUCAGCAGUAGGAUGAUGAGGUUACUGAGAAUUUUAAAGAGGACUGUGUGAGGAUGCCUUGUUGUCUUGUGAGGAGCAACAACCAUCAUGUAUGGAUUGGGUAGAUUGCAUUGUAUUAAAGCACCAGACAUGGUGGGGAAUGGGCUUUAAAUUCAGCCAGUCCAUGCUCUGCAAGCCAACCAAUGGGCCCUGGUGGGACUGCAUUGGCUGGAGGAAGGGGAGACUUUUGCUUAAACAAAGGUGCCCAUAGUUUCCAAGACCAGUUAAUGAGGAUCUGUUCUAAGCAGAAAGAUUACCAUUUUUCUAAUUCAUUAACCCAGAGAUGUAUCCUUUAACAGAUGAGAAAAUAGAGGCUCAGAGAAUUUAAAUAACUUGCCAGAUUAGCCGUUCACUACAUCACAUCCAUCGGAUUGGAAAAACAUAAAACUCUGAGAAUACUAAGUAUUGAUCUGAAUGCUGGAGAAUAGAUUUUUUAAAAAUCAACUUCUGGUGGAAACAUAAGAUACAAGAUUCUGUUAUAAAGACA